GUGGGAGGCCCCUCCCCCCGCUGUCCGCGUUGGUUCCGCUCGGAGGAUUUAGCUGCCGCCGCCGCCACCUCGUCCGCAGCUCAGUGCCCUCGGCCUUUCCUCCCUGCCUUCAAGUCGAGUGUCUUUUAUGAAUAAUCAAAAGCAGCAGAAGCCGACGCUAUCAGGCCAGCGUUUUAAAACUAGAAAAAGAGAUGAAAAAGAGAGGUUUGACCCUACUCAGUUUCAGGAUUGUAUUAUUCAAGGCUUAACUGAAACUGGCACUGACUUGGAAGCAGUAGCAAAGUUUCUUGAUGCUUCUGGAGCAAAACUCGAUUAUCGCCGCUAUGCAGAGACACUCUUUGACAUUCUGGUGGCUGGUGGCAUGCUGGCCCCGGGUGGUACUCUGGCAGAUGACAUGAUGCGCACAGAUGUUUGUGUAUUUGCAGCACAAGAAGACCUAGAAACCAUGCAAGCAUUUGCUCAGGUUUUUAACAAGCUAAUCCGGCGUUACAAAUACCUGGAGAAAGGCUUUGAAGAUGAAGUCAAAAAGCUGCUGCUGUUCUUAAAAGGUUUCUCUGAGUCUGAGCGGAACAAACUGGCCAUGUUGACGGGUAUUCUGCUAGCUAAUGGGACACUUAAUGCAUCAAUUCUCAACAGCCUUUAUAAUGAGAACCUGGUUAAAGAAGGCGUUUCUGCAGCUUUUGCAGUAAAACUGUUCAAAUCAUGGAUAAAUGAGAAGGACAUUAAUGCAGUGGCUUCUAGUCUCCGUAGAGUCAAUAUGGAUAAUAGACUGAUGGAACUCUUUCCAGCCAACAAACAAAGCGUUGAACAUUUCAUGAAGUACUUCACUGAAGCGGGACUAAAAGAACUCUCCGAAUAUGUUCGGAACCAGCAAACCAUAGGAGCUCGUAAGGAGCUACAAAAAGAACUGCAGGAGCAGAUGUCCCGUGGUGAUCCAUUUAAGGAUAUAAUCUUGUAUGUCAAGGAGGAGAUGAAGAAAAAUAACAUCUCCGAACAGACUGUGAUUGGCAUAAUCUGGUCUAGUGUAAUGAGCACUGUGGAAUGGAACAAAAAAGAGGAGCUGGUAGCAGAACAAGCCAUCAAGCACUUGAAGCAAUACAGCCCUCUACUUGCUGCCUUUACUACCCAAGGUCAGUCUGAGCUGACUCUGUUACUGAAGAUUCAGGAGUACUGUUAUGACAACAUUCACUUCAUGAAAGCCUUCCAGAAAAUAGUGGUGCUCUUCUAUAAAGCUGAAGUUCUGAGUGAAGAACCCAUUUUGAAAUGGUAUAAAGAUGCUCAUCUUGCAAAAGGAAAAAGUGUCUUCCUUGAACAAAUGAAAAAGUUUGUUGAAUGGCUCAAGAAUGCAGAAGAAGAGUCGGGAUCUGACAGUGAAGAGGGUGACUGACUGGUGAAACUUGUCCUCAGUAAAGCAAACAGGAGCUGUAGAUAAAUGUCAUGUCUCCGUGUGUUCUUCUGGUUCCUACAUCCUACCUCCCUGUAUCAAGCAUGAUAUAAGGGCUUUCAUAACAAAUUUAUUUUACCUGUUUUUUUUCCCUAAGAAGUUAUUGAAUACUUUGGGAUUAGUUGUUUUUUUUUGUUUUUGUUUUUGUUUUUUUAACCAUGUUUUAAGUAGCUUACAGGAGCUAUAGAUUUGACUCUAACAUUGCAUUAGUCUCUUCAGUUAUUCUACCUCCUGUAUUUUCUACUGUAAUAAUGUAAUUUAAGGCUUUCCAUAAGGAAAUUCAUUUUAUCCCUGGGUUUUCUAUAUAAACAUUUACAAGCAGACAUGAUUUGGUAAUGAGAUUUGUUAUGGAAAUACUGUUUGCAAAUUAAAGUGUAAAAUAUAUAUACAAAGUCAAAAGAACAGACUUUGUGUGGUGAUUGGUGUGUGGAACUUGAGAGGUCUGUACUAAGCAGUAUAGAAAGCUCUGUAACUCUUCAAGCAGCUUGAUGGUACAAAAUUUCAGGCAUGUUUUAUGCAGUGUCUAGGUGUUCUCCACUUUUUGGAGGUGGAUGGUAGCAGACAGCUGACAAGGUGGUUUUAAACACUAUUCAGUAGCAGUGUCUUCUAGAACACUUCAUUUUAGUGAAUAAGGAGAGAAUUUGUACAGCCUGCUUCAUGCUGUCUGGUGGAUUUUGCCUUUUUAAGCACUUCCUAGCCAGGCAAAACAAGUGGGUACUUUGAAAGUGGGAUAGUAAUGUUCUCUCAGCCUGCUGGCUUUUAUUGCAUCUGCUUUGUGUUUCUAUGAGCUCCCAAUAGAAUAGGCAAAAGGGCUGCAAGGUGAAAUAUUUGCUAAUAUGUUCUCAUGUCAUGUAUUCGUGCUGAUUUUAUAGAUGGUUAUAGCAAUUGCUGUAGCUGUCCAAGUUGCAGUCCAAAAAAGUAAAAUGCUAGACCAGUCAUUGGACAAAAACAAUGAUCAAACACUACUUUCUGUACUGCAUACUGCUCUGGAAUAUUCUAUUAAUUGCUUCUAAAAGACUUCUGCCUUGCCUCAGCCAAAAAUCUUUCCCUCUGACCACUUCAAUCUCUACUUGUUAAAUAUUUGUCCCAUAAAGGUAGAAUUACAGAACACAAAAUGCAGUCAGUUAAUGCAGGUUUUGGAUAAACCAAGUGUUGAAGCUAUGGUGUUUCAGUCUAAGGCUAAAAAAGUAAUUGAAAAACCUUGUCAGUAAAAUAUUGGUUAAAUGAGUAAUCUUGGUAAAACUUCAGUGUAUGGAUGUCUGUCAGUUUAUAUGAAGUGGUCUGCUUUUUGUUUUGUAACUUCUAGAGCCUCCUUUUUCUUUUUAAUAAAGGCCAUUCUUUCA